AUGGGGGAUAUGACGAACGACAUCAAGCUCCUCAAGGGCAGCAGCCAUGGGGAAUUGUCCGAAAAGGUCGCUCAGCGGUACGUUACCCCCAAAGAUGGAAUGGCUGUUUCGUCGUUUUAUUCCAUUUCUCCUUUCCCCUUUUUAGAAGAACGAUACGAAGAAUGGGUGCUGACGCGCGAAUGCGCCGCCUACAGACUGGGCAUUCCCCUUGCGAAGACCAUGAGCGAGCCUGGCAACAUCAACGACGGCCUCAUGGAGCUGCUUAUCAUGAUCCAUGCUUGCAGAACCGCUUCCGCCCGCCGAAUUACCGCCGUCAUUCCCUGCUUCCCCUACGCUCGACAAGACAAGAAGGACAAGAGUCGUGCCCCUAUCAGCGCGAAGCUUGUCGCGAACAUGUUGCAGGUUUCGGGUUGCAACCAUGUCAUCACGAUGGACCUCCACGCCUCCCAGAUUCAGGGCUUCUUCAACAUCCCCGUCGACAACCUCUACGCCGAGCCGAGUGUUCUGCAGUGGAUUCGAUCCAAUAUGAACGUCGAGGACUGCGUCAUCGUUAGUCCUGAUGCGGGCGGAGCCAAGCGUGCCACCGGUAUUGCCGAUCGCCUCGAGACCGGCUUUGCGCUCAUUCACAAGGAGCGCCCGCGCCCCAACGUUGUGGGCCGCAUGAUUCUUGUUGGAGACGUCACGGACAAGAUUGCCAUUCUGGUGGACGACAUGGCUGACACCUGCGGCACCCUCGCCAAGGCCGCCGAGACUCUCGAGACUGGUGGUGCUCGUGAAGGCACGUUUUUCCUCUAUUUCAUCGCCAUCGUUACUCACGGCGUGCUGAGCGGCAACGCCGUCGAGACACUGAACAAGAGCUGCCUGUCUCGCGUCGUCGUCACCAACACGGUGCCCCUCGGAGACAAGAUCGAGCGCUGCCCCAAGCUGCGCGUCAUCGACAUCAGCCAGGUCCUGGGCGAGGCUAUCCGGCGCACUCACAACGGUGAGAGUGUUAGCUACCUCUUUAACCACGUGCCCGUCUAG